GGGAAAUCGGCGCCUUUCCACAUCGCUAAUAUUUCUGCAUAGAUACCCCGAGAGCAGUUAAAAUUAUCUGAAACCAACACAACCCUUCAGCUACAUAGAAGAAGGAAAAGCAAAAAUAAAAAAUGACUCGCCCGCCCCACUCAACCCACCAAACCACCACCCCGGGAUACGACAAACUCGCCGCCCUGAUGGCCCUGGACCCGGGGUCCAGCAUCUUCCGGCGGUUUGCCAAACUCAACGCCAAGAACCUUUUGUACCUCCAGGCGGAGCUGGUCUACCUGCAGACGGACCUGGACGAAUGUGUCCAGAGAGACCACCGGUCCAGCUCGGACGAGAAGCGCGCCUACGCGUUCUCCGUGUGGCGGCUGCAGGAGUCGCUAGAUCAAUCCGAGGAGGAGUAUCCGUCGCAGUGGCGGAAGGUGCUGGAGGCGCGGGCGCUGUUGAGGGAGUAUAAUGAAGCCCUCCUCCAACAAGCGCAACUCCUCCGCUUCAGUGCCCCGGACCCUAGCGACCUUGAGGUCUUCAAGGAAUGGCUCCUGCGCGAAGAAGCCAGUCACUACCAAAAGUUCCGUCCCAUGUACCAGUGGCAUGAGAACGAGCCGGACCUGAUCGCCCUGUGCAGUCGCCACGAGGGCGCCGAUUCGUUCACGCGCUGGGUGUAUCGAUCCGUCAUUCCCUGGUUCCAUCGGCGCUGGGGGGUGAACGAUCUAAAUCGAAGAAACCACGCCACCGACGUCUGGUACUACAACAACCGCACCAUCAAGAGCCGCACCUACGUGGCCAGCCUGCUGGUUGCGGGGUUUCUGCCGGCCUCGUCCAUGAUUGCGCUGUACUUCCUGCGGAAUAUGGUUGCGCGGCUGGUGACGAUCUUCGUCUAUAAUAUGGUGUUUGUCCUCGUUAUGGGGCUGAUGGUGAAGGCGAGAAAGGUGGAUAUCUUUGCGACGGCGACGGCGUUUGCAGCGGUGCAGGUGGCCAUGAUUACGAAUGGGAACGGGAGUGGAAAUUAAAUGCGACCAUGUAGGAGUUGUUUGGUUUGCUGUAGAAGGGUUCGGAAGAUACUAUGACUCGAUUGGUGGUUUUGUUUCAAGCUUAACUCUGUUGUUAUAGGUAUACUCGGCUAGUGAAUUCAUGGUUUGGGAAAAUUCUGAUGACGAAUCGCUAGAGCCGUGCGCCAGACUGUCACAGAAUAGUACGGAUGGGUAGAUCUACCACAGCAAAAUGAGCGCGGCCACUGCCACAAGACGGGCACGGCCCCGAGACGGAGCCCUGGACGUCACUAGCCACAUUCCACCCGCCACACCCACCUCGCGGCAUUGAUUGUCCAUGUGACCAAAGUGUUAAUCAUCUUAUACUAUCGCCAUGCCGAAGCCGCAACUUCUUUUUCAUUAGAUACGAUUUUCUCCUCCCCAAAGAACAAGGUAGAGGCUGCUCAGCCUGCUCGUUCGUGUUCAUAAAUAGUCCACCCAUUUCUAAUAUUGACGCCAAUCAAGACUGCCAUGCG